AUGGGUGGAAUCUCAAUUAAGUACAAAAUCUAGAAGGUUUCAGAAUUUUAUAUAUCUUCAGCUUAAAAUAUCUUAUCAAUUUAGAUCAACCAAUAAUCUUCCCUAUUACUCUUAUAGAUUUAAAAUCAAAAUAUCAAAAAGUUAUCAUUGUUCUAAUUUAAAGCAAAGCAAAUUAAGCAUAUUUUGGAUAUUGGACUUAAAUUUGAAGUAAAAUGUACUUAUUUCAAAAUUGCAAAAGGAUUGUUUAUUUUCAGCUUGAAUGAAUAAAAUGAAGGGAUAUUCAUUAAAUCAUCAGAUUAACUUAAUAUUAGUAAAUAUUUAAUGAAAUUAAGAACUCCAUGUAAUUCUGAUUCUAACUCAACAAUUUAUUCAUGCUUAACAAUCAAUUAUAAUGAAGAUAUCAUUAUUUCUGGAGGAAUUGAUCAAAUAAUUAUUUGGGAAUAAAAAAAUAUAUGGAAACUGAAAUAAUUGUUAAAAGUUCAAGGAAAUGUUCACUCAAUUAACUUAAAUCCUUCAGAGACAACAUUAAUCAGUGUAGUGCAACCAUCGUACCGUUAUUUUAUCUAUUUACAUGAACUCUCAAUAGAAUAGAUUUGGACUUAGAAACAAUGCAUUGAAGUUGGCUAUGAUAUUAGAGAAAAUAUAUGUUUUAUUUAAGAUGAUGUGUUUGUGGCAAAUACUAUUGGAAAAAAGAUUGUAGAUGUACUAUUUGAAUAUUAAAACGAUGUUCUGGAGUUUUAUAAAAAAAACAAAGAUGGGAUAUUCUAAAUUCAAAAGUAAAAAUAUCAAGGAAAAGAUUGGAUUUAAACUUGUAAGCUGUAUGACAAUUAAUAUUCCAGUCGUAGAAAACUAUUAUUUUGUAAAUUGAAAUCGAUGCUUGGAGGUUUUAGCCAUCAAUGUAUUAAAUUCAUCAGAAUACAGGAUUAAGCUAAAUUUAUUUUAAUUUAAACCAUAAAAUUUGAAGAAAAGUUUAAAUCUUUGGAAUUCACUUCAGAUUUAUAAUAUGUUUUAUUAAGUUUAGGAAAUCAAAUCAAGAUAUUUGAAGUAAAUUAAAACUAAUGA